AUGUUUGGUGGUGGACGUGUGCGUUGGGCAGCGUUGUCGUGGGUCGGUGGUCCAUACAUGUUCGGUGGUGGACGUGUGCAUUGGGCGCGGUGUGGGGCGUGGACGUCGUGGAUGUUGUUGGCAGACGUGGGUGGGUGCACAUUCGGUGGUGGACGGAGGCGCCAGCAGGCGGCUUCGGCUGCCAUCGUCUACAAGGGACAUCGUGAGCUCGAAAGGACUCGCUAUGUCUCUGGCAGAGUUACCGCCCCAGAUGCAGAACUCAAUGCCAUCUCGUGCGCAGUACGCCUUGCUGUCAAGCAGGCAAAUUGCCAACAUAUUAUGGUCUUUACUGACUCUAUGGGCUCAGCCCAUAGAGCAGUUGACCCCGGCGUGCAUUCUGGCCAGGCUUUUAGCCUGUCAGUUUGUCGCGCUCUUCAAGAGUGGUUUGAGGCAGAUGAUUUCCGCCGCAUUACCUUCGUUUACGUUCCAUCCGCUUUGCGGUGGGACAUCCAUGGUGAAGCACACAAGUACGUCACCGAACUCAAAGUCAGGGUUGGAGGUUGUAAGACAGACAACUCUAUAGACGCGCUACGCUCCCGAGCCACGCACUCAGUCCUGGAUUCGUGGAAUUCCACUUUCCAGGAUCCAACCUACCGAGGCUCUGAAUUCCUAGAGCUUCAACAGCCUGACGGGCGGCCGCUACAGCCAUUGUACCUCAAUGGGGGACCUUGGCUUUCAACUUUCGGACACAGUAUCACUGAGUUCGCUCGCGUUUGCUGGUGUAUAACUGGCCACAUGCCCAUUGGAGCGUAUUACCGUCACUUCAAGAUCAAUGAGCCUCAUGGCUGCACUUGCGGGGCUGCUUUGCAGUCUCGCCAGCACGUCCUCGUUCGCUGUCGCGAUUGCUACUCCGUGCAUUACCCCCGCUUUCUUGGGGAUAUUGCGUCUUUUAUGAAGUACAACCCUACAGCGUUUGGCUUCACCCAGGACCCUUCGGGGGUCGGAUAA